GAGGGAAUAAAAUUCAGACGGGCGAGGGCAGCCAUCCAUAUAUAGGCCGUUCUUUGGCCAGGGAAGGGCAGACGGAUGACGGGAAUGGGGUAAUUCAUCCAUGCGGACCAGCAGGUCUGGGGUGAGCUCUGCCACCGCGUGGAGCUGCUGGGGAACAAGCUCAACAAGCGGCCUAGCGCAGAUGAGCUUCCAAUAGGGGAAUAGUGCCCUCACAUAUCGAUCCACACUCGAGAAACAGCUCGGCCAAAAUAUGGACAGGAUAUGCAAUGGCCCGUGGCUGUGAACAAUCAACGUGCCGGAGCAGCGCAGGCCACUUACCGGAGUUGCCAGACGACGAGCUUCUGUGAACCCGAUAGCCAGACCACCUGCAGCUAUGCCUGCUAGCAUGCCUGCCGCACCCCGGCUUCCUGCUCUUCGAACCAUGGGGAACGGGAUGUGAGCAAGCGAGGUGGGUUGAUACAUCAAUUUCCGUAAUGUACAGACACACAGCCGAUACCCUUCUGGUAAGUCAGAGGUCUGGAGUUAGACGCCCCUCGAACCAUGCUGAGUUCCUCGGGAGUCGUGACUUCAUCGGUCUGAGGGUUCUGGCCUUUCACGCACAGAAGGCCCCGAGUCUCCAGAUCCCCGGUGCCUCGGGAGCGAGGGCACUGACUAGAUCAUCCGUGCUGUCCCGCCGUGGUUUGUCGUCAGAGAGACAAAGUGCAUCAGGAUGGAACGAUGGAACUUCGCCAUCGAAGGUUUUGGCCUGUUGGCUGACGCUUGAGGGACGCACGGCGACUACAGGGGCAGGACACACUCCUGACUGGCUGAGACAGCCAGGAAGUUUGGCAUGGCCAGCAAGCACCACCAGACCCGGGCAAGCAUCCGACACAGGGGACAGUCGAUUGGCCCUGAACUGGGGGGCCCUGGUGGUUUGCGGAGGUGGACGAGGUUGCGAUGGAUGUUGCGGAUAUGGCGCUGGUGGGGUGGGAAUUUCGAGCAGCACGCUAAACUGCAAAAGGCAGCACUGGCCCUCGGCUCGGACGAUCGUAUUUCCUCUUCAGCCUGUGCCUCUGCUGAUCUUGGUCCAGCAGUUGAGGGUGUUCAGUGAGUGGUCUACUGAAAUGAUACCGUACAAACCUAAAUCUAUUUAUUCCUUCACGUCUGGGCGCAGCUGCAAUUAGGAAGAAGCUACACUUGAUUUGGAUACAGUAGGGUUAUAUAAGUAGACUUCAUUGCAUGUCUGACUAAGAACUUGUUCUGCCAGUGCUUGACUUUA